CUUUUGACCAGGGAGGCAGUAUGCUGCACACAGGCAUUUAGCUAGCUAAUAUACAAAGAAGAAGAGUGGGAGAGAAACGAAAAGAAGGACGAGAGGAGAAAACACGUACUGCUACUGUGCAGGUUAAACUGAUUGGCACUUGAGAAACAGUGAUUUUGGACCAUGCUGAGAGCUUGUCUGAGAGGGGCUAACAGCAGCGCGCGGAAGAACUUUGGGAGAACCCCUCUGACCAAUCUGCAACCCUGCCGUCACUACACAGCGGGAGAGAGCGGCAGUGGUGCUGCUAAAGUGGUAGCGGCUGGCCUGGUGACUGUCGGAGGUGGUAUUGGAGGUACAAUACUGUAUGCCAAAUGGGAUCCCAAGUUCAGAGCAGGCGUGGAGAAAAAUGUUCCGUACUCGGACAGGCUGCUGGGUCUGGCUUUGGGACCCGCUUCUCAAUACGGCGGCCUCCCCAUCAAGAACCAGGAGAUGGCCCAGCCUCCAUCUAUGAUGGAAAAACCGCAAAAGGGGUCCAAAGCUAAGAUGGAGAAGAAGUUGAAAGAUGAGAGCCCAGCCGCUGAAGCGGGUCCUGUCCCAGCUCAGCCUGCUCCCAGCAUAGAGGAGGCUUCAACAGAGGCUACUCACAUCAUCUCAGCUAUCAGUGAAAUGUCCUCAGUCCCCGCUCCCUGCGACUCAGAGGCAGCUGCAGUGAAAGAGGAGUGCAAAGAGUGCCACGACCAUAAGGAUACUGCAUUGUCAGCGAUGGAUGAGCCUGAGCCUGUGGCAUCAGAGGCCCUGAAGGAGCGACCAGUGGAAGAAGUGACCGCUAGACUGGCUCUACAGGACCAGGAGGAACAGGAAAUCAUCACAUCUGUAUCAGCUAGUCUGGACGAGUCCCUUGCCAGCUCUGCUAAAGCUACCCUGCAGGCGAUUGGAGCUCAGGAGGCCGCACUGCAGGCUAUCGCUCAGCACACCGUCAAACUGAAGGAGGCGAUGGAAGCAGAGGUCCCGCCCGAGGAGAAGUCCGCCCAGUGGAAGGAUCUGGAAGCUUCUCUAGCUGAGAGAACCAGCGCUGUGACUUCUGCUGAAACUGCCUUGUCAAAUGCCAAUGAAGCCUUACACAGUCUGAAGGCGGUGAUUGACAGCUCCAAGGGGCUGAAGGUGGCUGCUGUGCGCCCUCUGGUUCUAGCAGCAGAGGAGAAUCUCCAUAACAUGGUGGUGGACCUGGACAAAGUGGUAACCAAGGUGCAGUCUUCAGAGUCAGAAGCUAAGAUUGUCUCCCAGUACAGUGAGCUGGUUAAUGAAGCCAAACUACAGUUCCAGAGGGAGGUGACCAGCCUCACUCCAGAGAUCCAGGCCAACUGGAAGGGGCUCACUGGAAAGCUGUCGGAGGAUGACCUGAACGCGCUGAUCGCCCACGCUCACCGUCGCAUCGACCAGCUGAACCGAGAGCUGGCGGAGCAGAGGGUCCGGGAGCAGAUCCACAUCGACGCUUCGCUGGAGCAGCAGAAGCUGGAGGACCAGAAGGCCCUGGAGAAGGCUGUGAGCACCGCCCUGCAGCACGUCAAGGAGGAGGCCCGGCUGGAGCAGGAGAGGAAGCUGUCUGAACUGAGGGAGGUGAUGGAGGCGGAGAUGAGGACCCAGCUGAGGCGGCAGGCAGCGGCUCACACAGACCACGUCCAGGACGUCCUGAAGGUGCAGGAGCAGGAGCUGAGAGCCGACGCUGAGCAGGUGCUGAGCAGGAAGAUGCUGGAGCAGGAGACCAGCUACCGGCAGCUGAGCCAGGAGCAGCUGGACAACUUCACUCUGGAUAUGAACACGGCCUACGCCAGGCUGAAGGGGGUGGAGGAGGCCAUCGACAGCCACGUGUUGGCGGAGGAGGAGGCCCGUAAGGCGCACCACCUGUGGCUCUCUGUGGAGGCUUUGAACUUCACGCUGAAGACGGCGGAGGCGGACGUGCCCACGCAGCCCCUGCAGGGCGCUGCCCAGGCUGUGCGGGACAGCUGCCAUGACAACGACUUCGCUCUGGCCCUGGCCUCGGCGCUGCCCGAGGAGUCGCUGCAGCGUGGCGUGUACAGCGAGGCGUCUCUGCGCGCUCGCUUCCACGCUCUGCGCUCGCUGGUCCGCCGCGUCGCUCUCAUCGAUGAAUCUCACAACUCUCUGUACCAGUACUUCCUGUCCUACAUCCAGGCUGCACUGCUGUUUGAGGACAAACACCAAACCCCCCCCACCCAGUUGAGCAGUGAAGACCUGGAUCCCUUCAAGCUUCUGGCUUACGCUAGCUUCUGCUUAGAGCACGGGGACCUGGAGCUCGCAGCCAAACUGGUGAAUCAGCUGAGAGGAGAGGCCCGCCGAGUGGUCGAGGACUGGCUGACUGAAGCCCGGCUCACGCUGGAGACCCGGCAGGUGGUCAGCCUGCUGUCGGCCUACGCUAAUGCUGUGGGCUUAGGAACCACCCAGGCCCCGUAGGCUGGUCCUAACCUGGCCCCCUAAAAGGAACUGUCACUGAGAAUGUGUGAGGAGUCUCUGCAGCGGUGGAGCCUGUGGAGGAAGAGAGCUGGAAGAUGCUAGAAGAGGUUUCCAGUGGUGUAUUCCUUUUGAGGUGGCUCAAGUUAACGGCGUGGUAAAUGUUCAGAUACAACAGAAGUUUAUUUGUUUUAAAGCACUAAGUCACUGUGGAGGAUAAUUUGUAUAAUAAAAUGAACGCACCUUCUCCCCUAGUCCCGUCUAUCCAGGCCCACAGCCUUUGGUUCAGGUAUUUAUUUUUAACCAACCCCCCCCCCACCGGCCUAAUUCCCCCACUGAUUAAAGAAUAUGUAAUACUUCUUUUGUUUGUCACAGCUGCAUAUGUUUCAAUAAAUCAUGAAGAAUGGUA